AGGUUGUUUCCGGUUAAGAUGUCAACAAACAUGUAGACAGCGCUGAGAUUUUAUAUUUCCUGGCAUUAUUUGUCCUAAAUAAAAGUUAUCAGCAUAAACCAUGUUUAUUUUCAGCAAAAAGGCAGUCUCAAGGAUUCUUAACUUGCUCUUGUUUGCUGUAGUGAUACUAAGUUGGGUGUAUACAAUUUUGGCUGGACGCUGGGCAUCAGUAAAAUAUUUGAAGGACACAUACGGUAUCGCAGAAUAAAGCUUGGCAGAAUGGAGGUGAAAAAUGACAAGUCUGCAAUGCUGAGUAACUAUGAAGUCCUGAACCUUCUCAGUGACAUGCACAAAGGACAAAGUAAACAGAGCAAACUUCAAACUAACCUGGCCACAAUAUCGUACGAGAUAACUCAUUACCUCGAAAACUCAGCAUGUUCGAAACAAUCACCUGAACUUGUCGCAAAUUUCAUUAAAACUUUAGAUAGGUUUAAACUGACAAAAGCAGAAAAGAUGCAGCUGUUGAACUUGAGGCCAAAGACUGCUGUAGAAAUUCAGUUGAUAGUUGAAGAAAGUGAGGAACGACUGACGGAAGAUCAGAUUUAUGAGUUGUUAGAUCUAGUGAAAGAACAUUUACCUGGUGGUGAUGAGGAAGAGGAAAUGGAAGAAGAUGACCAGGGACAAGAAUAAAAUAUGAAUAGGACCAUCCAAUUGACCUGUUCAAAAUUUUGAUUUUUUUAUAGAUUCUAGAUGCAAAAAGAUGUUUUUGUGUAUUUUAUGUGUACUUCAAUGAGGAAAUAAAUCAUACCUCGCAAAGCAUAA